AUGGCUGUUGUACGACGAGCUCUCCAGUCGCGGAUAGCCUGUGCGGCAAGGCCGCCGGCCUUGACCCCUCCCCUCGGCGUCCAACGGUUCUCUCCGAAAUGCUAUUCCAGCAGCGUCACCGCGACGCGCGCCGCCGAACAACCGUCCAGAUGGCCUCGACGCUUCUUCUAUGCGACUGUGUUUGCGAGUCUGGGGCUGGCGUGUGGGAAAUGGAUGGACAGCAAGGUUUCAGCGCCGCCAGUUCCAGGAUCGGAGGAGGAUGCGCGAGAAUUAGAGGCCAUCAAGCGAGUGUUUGAAACCGGCCUGCCUUUUGUUAAGGACCUGCGAGAUCACCCGGACUAUGUUGAAUGCGGCGUUUACGAGAAUUACACGGAUGAACAGAGAAUGCACAGACUGACCUCGGGGUCUCUUCGUGGAAGUCGGGGCGUGGCUUUGCAGAAAGUGUUUUGGAACGAAAAGGAAAAGAGUGCCAUUGGCGUGGCGUUUCUUGGUCCCGGUCUAGAGGGGUGGCCGACAGUUGUUCAUGGCGGUGCCCUCGCCACCGUCAUCGACGAGCAUCUCGGUCGUAUCGCCGUUCGCCAUUUCCCUGAGAGAACAGGGGUCACCGCGAAUCUCACCAUCAACUACCGUGCUCCCGUAUACUCGGACAGCUUCUAUACCUUCCAUACAACCAUUGAUCACGAGCGGAGUACUGAUCGCAAGGCUUUCGCACUGGUGGAGGUGCGAGACCUGACGGGCAAGCUCUGCGCAGAGGCUACGGGCAUUUUUGUCGUCCCAAAAACGCUGAAGCUCAACCGUAUUGGCGAGAAUUUUUGA